UCUUUGUACUUCCUGUAGAAGUGGCGGCCCACUUCUACAGGAAGAGAAAAUAAAUUUACUUCUCCUAACUCCCUCAACACUUGAAUUAGAAACACAAAAUGUAGACAUUCAUAUGGAUUUUUCACUUGUAUUUUUGAACAUUGAUCUGCUUAAUUGAGGGUAGUCGUUUAAGGUUUUCCAAGGUCUUUAGGUAGAUAGAUAUUAAAAAACCCCUUCGCUCUUAUUGUAGAUAUUUCGUGUAACACAGAAUUUACAAUCAAUCAUUACGAGCAAAAUGUACACUUUGGUCAUAUUGAAAUAAAUAAAAAUAAUUUACGUAAUUUUCCCGGCGAUAGUAUAAACUACCGGUUAGUGAUCAGUAAACUGGAUUCAGUAGGUUGGACUGUGCAGUCGUUUGUUUCGGGAGAGGGGGGCUCAGAGGGUUGUGUACACCCUCCCUGAGUUCAAAUAUUGUAAAGUUUAACAAUUAAAAUGUUUCAGGUAUAACUACAUUUCUAAAUGAUGCACCCCGUUCCUGAUUAAAAUCCUGGGUCCACUCUCGUUUUUCUGUCUAUGUCACUCUUAGAAAAACAUAAAUUUUGAAAAUAUCAAAACCCAACAAAAUUUUCUGUUUUGCAAUAACAAGUUUGCAUUUUUAGUCGUAAAGGAUGUCAAUAAAUUUUCUUCCCAAAAGUUGUCUUUUUCACUUCUAAAAAAAGAAAGUGAUUUUAUCCAACAACCUGCUAAGCAUCGAAACAUUGAGCAAAUGAACAUAAAAUGUUGCCUGUCAUAUACUGAUAUUCACUAUGUUUUUUAGUAUCAAAAUGUAAACAAUUUAUUAUGAUAAAAGACUGUUUUCAUGUACAAACACAUUCAUGGGUGAAUUGUAAAAAAAUUGAUUCAAUGUGAAAAGUACAAGAACUGCUGAACUGCUGAGAAAACAAAAAAGAUUUGUAUGAUUUCAAAUUUGUGGCUAAAUCGUGCAUCCAAUUGACAUUAAUAAAUUCAUAAUGUGUAGUGAAAUCGUACCUAUUAGUUCUUAUCUCCAAUUGUUAUUUGGUGUCAUAUGUUUGUUUAUGAUAACCAUCGGUUUUUUUGGUAACGUCCUAGUGAUAGCAAUCGUUGCAAAAGUAUUACGUUGGCGAAGGACGUAUCCAAACUGUCUUAUCUUCACUCUGGCAUUUGUUGAUGUUUUCACUAUAAUCAUUUGCCUAUUUCCUGCAUUGCUGUACUACUUCAUGGCAUUUGAUAUGAACACUUCGUUGUUUUGCAAUUUUCAAGGCACAAUCGUUAAUCUUCUCCUGAUCAUGUCUGUUCUUCUUGUAAGCACGUUGAGUUUAGAUAGGUUUCUGGCUCUACGAACUCCUUUUUUCUAUAAAACACAUGCUGUAUUUCAGUUCAAUAGACUGGCUGCAUUCGUAGGGUUCUUGUUUGGUUUUGCUUUGUCGUUAAGCUUGUUGCCUACUUUUGGAGUUUCAAAUUUCAUUGUAAAGCACCCCGGUACGUUCUGUUGGUUGAACCUCAAACCAAAAAGUUUGGAAGGAAAACUCGCAUUAAAUGCUAAUUUGGUGAUGUUUUUGCUCAGCAUGUUAAUUGUGCUCGCAUGUAAUUUAUCAGCGUCGUGGAUGAGUUACAAAAUGCUGUCACGUGCUGGAAAACAGUGUUCAGAAUUUGAAUCCAGCCGAGCUAUUUGUUCCAGGGAAGAAUGUCAUUUCUUGAAAUUGAGUGUUAUUGUGAUGACGUUAUUUCUGUUCUGCUGGUUGCCCUUUACGAUUCAAGUGAUAAUGAUACAGGCUAAGUAUCCUUGCAAUGCUCUUUGGUAUUUAACUGCAGUUUUUCUUGUGUCUCUUCAUACAAUUUUAAAUCCAUGGGUUUACCUACUUAGCCGACGACAAUAUCGUAAAGGCGUUUGGUUUAUCAUCAAAUCUUCGCUUCAUUUCAUAUUUUGCAAAAAGUUGUGCACGUCGAAGGACAAUCUUGAUAACAUACUGGGAUUACCAUCAUUGUGAGAACAGUCCUGUGGAAAAGUAGAGAAGAAACUCGAAACUACUGGAAACCGAAUAAUUACAUUGGUUAGCUCAAAUAAAAAUGAUAGAGUGUGAGCAAAAUUUUUUAUAAAGUUCGUUCUUUAUCCGAUACAGUACUUAUCUUCUACAUGCAGCGAGAUGUUCUCGAGUUGAAAGCUGAUUCGUGUACUUUUACAUUUCAAAAAAUGUUUAUUGAUAGUUUCGUUUUAAAAAACACAAUUUCCCCUGUUAUUUAUCUCAUUUUUAUUCUUAAUAAAACGAUGUACCGCGUUACCUACCGUUCCUAAAACUUUAAAGUUAUUAAAAUGUUAUGUUUUAUAA